AUGAGUAUCACGUCGUCUAAAGCUGAACAGCAUUCAAGGGCUUCUGUAAAAUCCCUAAAACUCAAUACUAAAAGAGAUUCUACUAUUGAAGAAUCUUUAAAAACCUAUCAACUUUUGGAAGCUCUUCGGUCAGUGGCUUUUGAAGAAAAAAUCGAAUUCUGUUUCUUGGGAUUUGAUUAUAUCUAUGUAGAUCGUCAGAUCAAAAGCUCUAAGAUGAAUAAAUCAAAUAAUUGUAACAAUUCCCGAGAUACAACUGUACUUUCAUCACUUUUGUCCAACUAUAAUCUACCAGCAUUGACAUCACCUAAUUCAAUUUCUGGAGAAACUAAUCAUGUUAUGCCACCUUCACCCCUUACAUUUGCUGUUCAAUGUGCAACAAUGGCCACUAUUGAAUUUAUUAUUACAAAUUAUUCUCAUAUUAUUGAUGUUAAUCAAAGAGAUCAACAUGGAAAUACUGCAUUACAUUAUGCCGCAAAAUCUGGAAGAAUAGACGUUCUUGAAUUAUUAUUGAAACAAAAAUAUAUUAAUGAUACUAUAACAAAUAAUGAGGGUAAACAACCCGUAGAAGUUGCUAAAAAUCGCGAAGUAACUAGUUUUUUGGAAGAAAACAGAUCCAAUUUUGUUGAACGUACUUCAGAUCUAUUUCAACAAUAUGUUGCUGAUUCAAAUUAUGUUGGAAUUCAAAGUCUUUUUCAAGAUCCUCGUACAGCUGCCUUGGUUAAUAUUAAUCAUAUUGAUUCUACCAGUGGUUCAACUCUUUUACAUGAUGUUGCUCGAAAAAGAGAUUUAGAAAUGGUACAAUUUUGUUUGGAUCAUGGUGCUGAUGUUUCUAUUAGAGAUCGUAAAGGUAAAUUUCCUGCUGAUGUGACUAAAGAUGAUAAAAUAAAGACUUUACUUAAACAAGGUGCUCCUGCAACAAGUCUUGUCAUUACUUCUUUACAUCAUCAGCCACCAAUGUUAAAAGGUUAUUUACAUAAGUGGACAAAUUAUGCUAGUGGAUAUAAGAGUCGGUGGUUUGUACUUGAAAAUGGCAUGUUAUCUUAUUUUAAAAAUCAAGAUGAUGCUGGAAAUUCAUGUCGUGGUUCGAUCAAUAUGAAAAUAGCAAAAAUUUCUAUUGAUAGUACUGAUAGACUUAGAUUUGAUAUUAUUGGUAAAGGUUCUGUAAGAUAUCAUUUACGUGCUAAUAAUCCUCGUGAAGCACAACAAUGGGUAGUUGCAUUAACUCAAUCAUCAGCAUAUUAUGAAAAAAAUGAUAAAGGUCGUAGACAAAGUGUUAUUGAUGAUUCUAUUAGUGAUGAAACUCGAAUAGGUCGAAGUUUACAUAAAUCCGAAUCUCAUGCUGAUACUAUAACAUCUGCUGAUUCCGAUCGUGAUCGUUCAAGAUCACCAUCAAAUCAAUCAAUCGAUUUAGAAAAUGUUCCUAAUGAAGAUUCUUAUCGUAUAACUAUAAGUUCUACAAGAGCUCAAUUAGAAUUACAAAAUCAAUUAUUGGAUUCUCUUUCUUCUACUUUUUCGGAAUCUUCUUCAACUGAAUCAAAAGAAUCUACUAUAAUAGAUACUUUUUCGCAAUCCCUUAGAACACUUCAUAAUCUUGUUGAUGAUGUUCUUCGUAUGACUGAAGAACGUGAUGUAUAUUGGAAUAGAAAAUUGGAAAAGGAAUUAGAAGCUAAAAGACUUUGGGAAGAAAGUAUGCGAUUACUUGCAAUGGAAAAAUCUGAAAUGGAAAAACUUAUACAACAAAAUGUUCAAGAACAAAAGAUGAGAAAAAAACAAUUAAAAGCUGCUCUUGCUGAAAGUCAUCUUAAUUCUCCAUCCAGCCCUUCACGUAUGUCCUCUUCAGAUAUUUUUGAUGCUUCAUUUAAAGUAGCUGAUGAUUCUUCUAAUUUACCUGAUACUUAUGGACAAAGAGUUUCAAUGGAACAAGCUACUUCAAUAUUAUCAAUGUUGGCAGAAGAUUAUGAUAAUGAUGAAUUUUAUGAUGCUUUGGAUAAUAAUGACGAAACUCAAGAAGUUGUUAAAUUAGAUGACUCAGAAAUAAUUACAUUAAAUAAUUCUACUACUAGUUAUAUUUCCAGUUCAUAUUGUGGUUAUCCUGAAUUUAUUCGAGAAAAACUUCCAAUUGAUGAAUCUUCACGUCCUGAAGUUUCUUUAUGGGCUAUUUUAAAGAAUUCAAUUGGAAAAGAUUUAAGUAAAAUCACUUUACCUGUGUAUUUUAAUGAACCAACAUCAAUGUUACAACGUAUGGCUGAAGAUAUGGAAUAUGGUGAUCUUUUAGAUAUUGGUGCUCGACAAAAAGGAAGUACUGAGAGAAUUUUAUAUGUUGCAGCUUUUGCAAUGAGUAAUUAUUCUAGUACUGUUGGUCGUAUUGCUAAACCUUUUAAUCCGUUAUUGGGUGAAACUUAUGAAUAUGUAAGACGUGAUAAAGCUUUUCGAUAUAUUUCAGAACAAGUUAGUCAUCAUCCGCCAAUAAGUGCAUGCUAUUGUGAAUCCAUGAAUUUUGAUUUCUUUGCAGAAGUGGAUGUUAAAUCAAAGUUUUGGGGAAAAUCAUUUGAAAUUCAUCCACAAGGUGUUUCACAUGUUAGAUUAAAAGUACCGAAAGAAUAUUGGCCAAGUGAAGUUAAUGGAAUACCAGAAUCAUUUAUUGCUAAUGGAAAUCCAAGAGCAUUUUCCGAACAUUAUUCAUGGAAAAAAGUUACGACUUGUGUAAACAAUUUAAUAUUGGGAACUCCAUGGAUUGAUCAUUAUGGAGAUAUGAUUAUUACUAAUCAUUUAACGGGAGAUAUUUGUGUUUUAACAUUUAAAGCUCGAGGAUGGAGAGGAAAAGAUGCAUUUGAAAUUAGGGGAUAUGUUAAAGAUUCAAAUAAUAAAGAAGUAUGGGAAAUUGCGGGAAGAUGGAAUGAAAGAUUAGUAGCAAGAAGAAGUGAUGAAAGUUUAUCAACCACAAAUGAUGAUUUAGGUAGUACUUCUACUACAGUUAAUGAAGCUCCAAUAGAUGAAAUAUUAUUACCAUCACCAACACAUUCUUCAACUUCAAUAAAUACACGACCAAUAUAUUUAUUAUGGAAACGAACUCCAUUACCUGAAGAACCUUUACCAUUUAAUCUUACACAAUUUGCUGCUACACUUAAUGAUUUACCUGAUAGUUUAGUAAAUUGGAUUGCACCUACUGAUAGUCGAUUUCGACCUGAUCAACGUGCAAUGGAAAGUGGAUUAUAUGAUUUAGCUAGUUCUGAAAAAGUAAGAUUAGAAGAAAAACAACGAGCAAAAAGAAAAAAGAGGGAAAAUGGUCUUUUAAAUGAUCAUGAACCUAGUUGGUUUACUCGUGAUAUUGAACCUGAUACAGGUGAAAAAUAUUGGAAAUUUAAUUGUGAAUAUUGGAAAGAAAGAGAUCGAACUGGAAAAGAAAAAUCUGAAGGAAUUGGUGAAGGGAAAUGGAAUAUUCCUGAUGAUGAUAUUUUUUAA